UUGUUGUCGUUAAAUAUUUAUUGAGCCGUAUUUCUACACCCACACAGUUUUGCCCAAUUAAUACCAAUACAUUUCCUUCCGUGCUCUGCUGCAAGCAGAUACCUUUAAUCGAGACACUGCCAAAUGCAUCGUAACCAAAACGGCAACCAUUUUCACGGUGUGAAUGAGGGCGUUCCACUGGGACCAGAUCUACCGCUUGAAGCCGUGGAGGUGGACAUCGAGGACAACCAUCAAGGAGAUGAGUUGUCCAAUGGUGGUCUCGGGCUCGGGUCCACCCAGAGUUCCUCUAGCAAAUUCUUAGCCCCCACUGUAAGCGAUCAGGCGCUUAAUACCCUCAAUGAACUUCGCGAGGCUAAUCUUUUGUGUGAUGCCGAGAUCUCAGUGGGGGAGCAUGCCUUCAAUGUUCAUCGUGCCAUCAUGUGCUCGUGCAGCUCCUACUUUCGCGCACAGUUUACGGGCUUUAAUGCCGUAAGUCGAGGAUUUGGUGCCGAGGGGGGCGCCAGCGAACAAAUCCACGUCGUCAACAUACCAGGCGUCAGAGCAUCCAUCAUGAACUGUGUCAUACAGUACGCCUACCUUCGCAAGACCAACAUCUGCGACGACAACGUGCACGAGCUUCUAAUAUGUGCGGAUUACGUGGGCAUGGUGGGGCUGGUCCAGCAGUGCAAGGAGUACCUCAGCCGCACCCUUACACCGGAGAACUGUGUCAGCAUCAUGGGAUUUGCCCGCUUUCGGUUCCUGGACGACUUGCAUGUGAAGGCGCGCAAUUACACACUUCGGUACUUCACGGAGGUUGCUGCUCGUAAUACGGACAUACUGGACAUGAACGUGACGGACUUUUACGCCAUAAUUAGCGACGAUGACCUAAACACGCGGGAGGAGGACUACGUGUGGAAGAUGUGUGUCAAGUGGAUAGAUCGGGAUCCCGAGAACCGUAAAAAGCACGUUGCCCACUUGAUGACAGGCGUACGUUUGGGUCUAAUGACCCCAAAGUGCUUCAUGGAGGAGGUCAAGGAGCACCCGUAUGUCCUGCAGUGCGAUGAAGCCAAGCCCCUGAUAGUGGACACCUUUAAAUUCAUCAACUACUUAUACGUCCCCUUUAAUAUGCCCUUCCAACCAAAGCUCACCACGCCGCCGCUGGCCAUGCCGCGCCUGCCGCACGAGGUGAUCUUUGCGAUUGGCGGCUGGAGUGGUGGCACUUCAAAGGGAUGCAUCGAGACCUACGACACGCGCGCUGACCGCUGGGUGAACAUCAAUGCCGAAGACCCGGCAGGACCCCGCGCAUACCACGGAACCGCCGUGAUCGGUUUCAAGAUCUACUCCAUUGGGGGCUACGACGGAGUUGAGUAUUUCAACACAUGCCGGGUCUUCGAUGCCGUGAAGAAGAAGUGGAGCGAAAUCGCCCCAAUGCACUGCCGCCGCUGCUACGUCAGCGUGGCCGAGCUGAAUGGUCAGAUCUAUGCGAUCGGGGGCUACGACGGACACAAUCGAUUAAACACUGUAGAGCGCUUCAACCCCAAGACAAAUCAGUGGUCCAUCAUUCCACCCAUGAACAUGCAACGGUCUGAUGCCAGUGCCUGUACCCUGAAGGGGCGUAUCUAUGCCACUGGCGGAUUCAAUGGUCAGGAGUGCCUGGACAGCGCCGAGUUCUACGAUCCGACGACCAAUGUAUGGACGCGGAUAGCGAACAUGAAUCACCGUCGAUCCGGGGUGAGCUGUGUCGCCUUCAAGGGCCAGUUGUAUGUGAUUGGGGGAUUCAAUGGCACUGCCCGAUUGGCCACCGGAGAGCGCUUUGACCCGGAAUCCCAGGCCUGGCAAUUUAUCAGGGAAAUGAAUCACUCGCGCAGCAACUUCGGUCUAGAGAUCAUAGACGAUAUGAUAUUCGCCAUUGGGGGAUUCAACGGCGUCUCGACCAUAUCCCACACCGAGUGCUAUGUGGCCGAGACAGAUGAGUGGAUGGAGGCCACAGAUAUGAACAUCGUGCGCUCCGCCCUGUCGGCCAAUAAUGUGGCUGGACUGCCCAACAAACGGGACUACAUACACAAGGAGAGGGAUCGUCUAAUGGAGGAGCGCCGUCAGCGGCUGAUGGCCUCGGCCAUGGCCCGAGACGAAGUUGGCAAUGGAAAUCCGCCACACUCGCUGGUGGCAACCAACGACGCGGCCCUCGAUGACUACGAGAGUCCCAACGAUGACGAAGAUGGCAAUGGUCAUGAUCAGCCGCAACUGGCCCUGCAGCAGCUAGGCUUGCCCUUGCCCGUACCCCCUCUACCCCAUGGGCAGCCGGCCAUUGCUGCUCCAGGUGGUGCCCAAGCUCAACCCCAAGCCCAAGCCCAGGCCCAACCACAACCUGCCCCAGGACAAGAAAAUCGGGCGGUGGACGAUCGCGGACAAGAAAAUAAUCGGCGAUUUCGCGUGCACCUGCGUAAUCAGCGGUAUGGUUCGCAUCAUGAAAUUCGUCGUCGCGCCUAGGCGCUGGUGCCAUAGAAGGCGCACCGAAACCUUCCCCCGGCCUUGACUCCGUAACCUGCUAUAUCUCUGUGAAUAUCUCUCUAUAUCCCGGCCGAGACAAAAAGACACAUAUCAUAUUAGAGGAUGCGUUAGCGUGGGCUGCAGACUUUCCGAUAGAGAAAUCAUGCAGCGCAGCCCACGUCCGUUGGAACCGUUUUUUUUUUUGGAUAUCUCUAAAACUUAAAAAGUUUACCCUUUCGGCCGAUAUUCCCGUUUAAUCAAAAGCAAACUGCCAGGAACGAUUCCGCCAAGUUUGGGAUUUUUCAGCCCCUUCGCAAAUCAAAAUUUUAGUAUACUUCAAAAUUCUACCGAAGGUACAUAUAUCAAAAUUGCUGGCAUUGUGCAGACUUCAAAUUAAUAAAUCGCUGCAUUGUAAUAGUAGUAAAUGAA